CAAACAGUGAGGACAAAGGAACAGUGAAGAAUUACAUUUCUAAAAAAAGACCUAACUGUAAACAGCAGUAAAAAGUAGAAUUUCCCUGCUUUGCAAGAUCCAGGUGCACUGUAUGCUCAUGAAUGCACGUUCCUCUUCAGAGCUCUCUGGCAUAUUGGCUUUGAUCACUUACCCAGUUGAAAAAGCACAAAUAAAACGGCAAAAUACAAAUAUAACUUCCAAAUAGAGAGAGGAGACAUGAAGGAAGACAUGAAAGUAAACAAGCUUUAUUAGAGGGAAGGCAGUGGCCAAGUGAAGCAGCUGGAAUCACACUGAAGUGACUCUGAACUCUGCAGAUCAUUUCAUUCUUCCUUCUGCUACAGAGCUCAGAUCCCUGAUUUACAGUGCCUUUUGUUUCAAAGAACUAAGCAAGAAAGCCACUCUGCAACAUGACAUUUGAAGAUUUUGAGAACUACUCUUAUUUCUACGAUCUGUCUGAGGAAGAUGAGUCACCCCAGUCCUCCCUCAGCAUUGCCCAUAUUAUUUCCCUUUUCUUUUACAGUGUGGCAUUUCUGCUGGGAGUGCCAGGUAAUGCCAUUGUCAUCUGGUUUAUGGGCUUUAAGUGGGAUAAAUCUGUUUCCACACUCUGGUUCCUGAAUCUGGCCAUUGCAGAUUUCAUUUUUGUUCUCUUCCUGCCCCUCUAUAUUACAUACGUGGCAAUGGGCUUCCACUGGCCUUUUGGGAAGUGGCUCUGCAAAAUGAACUCAUUCAUUGCACUACUUAAUAUGUUUGCCAGUGUUUUCUUCCUGACAUUCAUCAGCCUUGACCGCUACAUCCGCCUGGUCCACCCCGUCUUUUCCUACAAAUACAGGACUGUAAAGAACACCCUCCUUCUGAGUGGGGUCAUUUGGAUGUCGGCUGCAAUUAUUGGUGGCCCUGCCUUAUACUUUAGAGACACAGCUACAGUUCUCAACAAUGUCACCAUUUGCUACAACAACUUCCAUGUGCAUGACAAGGAACUUAUUUUGCUGACACAUCACAUUCUCAUUUGGGUGAGGCUUGCAUUUGGUUACCUCUUUCCUCUAGUGACCAUGGUUAUUUGCUACUCACUGCUGAUUGUCAAAGUGAAGAAGAGAACUGUAUUGACUUCUAGCAGGCUUUUCUGGACCAUCACUGCUGUAGUUGUAGCUUUUUUUGUCUGCUGGACACCGUAUCAUAUAUUCAGCAUUGUGGAGCUGUCUGCUCACCAUGAUGAGAACCUGCAUGACUUACUGCAGGAUGGCAUUCCCCUCUCCACUGGCCUUGGUUUCAUCAACAGUUGUCUCAACCCAAUCCUCUACGUUCUGAUUAGCAAGAAGUUCCAAGCCCAGGUGAGGAGCACGGUGUCGGAGGUGCUGAAGCUGGCCCUGUGGGAGGUGAGCCGCUCGGGCACGGUCAGCGAGCAGCUCUGGAGCUCGGACAACGCGCCCGCGCGCUGCUGCGAAACUGCCCACUAACUGCUCCUGCCAGCAGCUCUCCACAGGAGCUGACAGGAGAUUUGCAGCUGUUCUUCACUGCACAUGUGCCAGUCACAUGUGCGUCUUUGCAUUGACAGUUUUCUGUAAACAGCUGGCUAAAUUGCACUCGCUGCUUUAAUGGAAAGGUUUUUAAGGGACACGUGGUUUGGAUGUGUGCCCUUGCAAUGCACAUACAGCCUGAACUGAAAGUUAUCAGCAUAGGUGGAAUUACUCUAACUGGGCUUUUGCUGUGGUCCUGUUGGUUUGCUGUGGUUCCAUACCUCAUUGAUAUCGAAAGAACACAAAAUAAAAGUAUUCCUCCUUGCCAUUGCUGGUACAACUCCUAAUGGAGGCAUUCUCAUCCAAGAGGCUGUGGCUAUACAUCUCUGGGUCAUGAGUCUCCUGAUUGCCUGCUACUGCCCCAAGGAGGAAUCCCCUGGCUACAUCCCACCUAAAUGAAGCUAUCAGUAGCUCCACUCUGCACCUGGAGAAGAAUCCCAAGAUGGAGAACACUGAAUUGCUGCCUUCUAUUGUCAAAAAAGAAAAAUAUGGGGAAAAAAACCCUGUCUUCUCCAGUGCUCUUUAUCUUAUACUCAAAACUAAGACAGGAGACCCUGUGUUUUGGGUCACUUUACUGUAUUUUUAGCACCAGUUGGGUGCAAAAUACUGAGCUGAUGUUUCAUGGAGGUAUUUGGCUUAUUUGAAAUGUGCAAAGAAUUAGUGAAAAUAUUUCUUACAGCUUCUGUGCCACACUUCUUUUUCUAUGUUUAAAAUUUUAGUCCUACAGAGGUUUAGUCCUACAAACAACCAUUGAUUGUUCUUUAUUACUCUUUCAAGCAAAGGUAAAGAAAUAAUAUAACAUUUUGUUUGCCUUAAUGUUAAGCUUAAAAAAUGGGUGGAGUGAAUUCAUCAGUAUUCUGUUACAAGUCUGUAGCCAAAUUCGGACUUAUUUUCCAAAUAAGAGGCAAGACAGUUCAUCCAGGAAAUGGAGUCCACUCCCAUAAGAAAGAUGAAGCAGUCCCAGUUAUGCUGUAUUCUGUUCCAACAUGUUGCUUGCUGCAGAAUCAUACAUGCACCAAUGCAAAUAUAUAUACAUGUUAUGUGGUGCGAACCAAUUUCUGAUGCAAUACCACUUAAUUAAACAGUUGAAUGUGGGACAAAACUCUACUGAAAGCAAAAGCACAGAGCUUUGGAUAAAUUUGAACUGUUUUUUGCUAGUUAUUGGCCUAGGUGUAGAGAAUAAAACUGCCUUUCAGAUAAUUUACCUAGUUUAUAUGGCCUGCCAACACAGUAGCAUUUAUGCUAUAAUUGAGGCCUUAUAUGUAAAUAGAUUUGCUUUUGUAUAAAAAAAAUAUAUAUGCAUGAUCACAUCCAGUAUUGGUAACUGCACAAUAGAAACAGCCUGACUAUGGUGUGUAACUAUUUCUUUGGGCUCUGGUUCCAGAGUCUGAGAGUCAGGCAGGAUCAGUGGAAUUUCAGUGUAUUCCCCUUUGGGUUGAAAAGCUGGUAAGCAGCAUUCUUCCUUUGAGUCAUUUGCUGCCUGGUACAUAGUUGCUCAUCAUAAUAUUUUGGCACCAUGCUGCUAUAUGUGCCUAAAUCAAACAUUUUGCAGUUUUUCUUCACAUGUUCCCUGACAUCUUUCUAAGAAUGAUGUACUCUCCUGGCUGUGGUCCAAGUGAAGUAAUAAAAUUUUCUUCUUUCCAAA